CAAUGUUUCAAGCCGUGAGAGUCACUGAGGACUCACAGAUGGGAAAGAGAAAGAUAAGGCAAAGUAUCAAGUUCAUAAUGAUUUAGGAUCUCAAGGCCGCCACAGCCAAAAGGAUUGUUCUGUGUUUGUGAGGCAGUGAGAGGUGGCAGCAAACAGCAGCAGGGUCACAAGGGAUGUCUGCAGCCAGAUGGGGUGAGCACCCCCGAGGAGAAGCAGCACCUGCCCCAUCUGCACCCCUGAACCUCACUGGCAUGGACGACCUGUCCAUACUCACCAUCAGUAUGAAGUGCUCACCAUGGAAGUCACUAUGAAAUGCUUUAAUGAGUCCAUGCCUGCACUACAGCAUGACUGCUCUGCUCUGCUCCUUUGCUUCCCCAGUUCUCCCUCACCCACCUCACUUCAGCCCAGCUGAGCACAACCAGGAGACAAGUGUUUGGUACGUGCACAGGGACUCUAUGAUCAAGCACCGGGCCCAGAAAUCUCCCCCUGGGCAACACAGGCACUGCGAGCGAUGUUUCAGCCGGCACUGCCGCGCGCCCAUUGAGGUCUCCGUGUCCUGCAUGGUGAUCAGCUGCCACCUCCACUGUGGGGCCACCUUCCACAUGUGCAAGGAGGAGGAGCACAAAUUGCUCUGCCCCUUGGAGCAGGUGUCCUGCCUCAACUCAGCCUAUGGCUGCCCUUUCACCAUGGCCCGCUUUAAGCUGGGGAAGCACCUCCAGGUCUGUCCAGCCAGUGUUGUCUGCUGCUCCAUGGAAUGGAACCGCUGGCCAAACGUGGAUUCUGACACAACGCUGCACAAGAACAUUAUGAAAGAGACCUUGAAUGAAGAAUGUCUGGACACAGCUUUGGCACUCAGAGACCAGAAGAUACUUUUCAGGGCUUUGAAAGUAGCUGAAUUAUUUCCAGAGUGGAGGAAGAAGGAUGAACUGGAAGAACUAAUGGAUCAAGCCAUGGGUGGGGAAGCAGGUGCUGUGGGAGGAGCUGCCUGUGGUUCCCAAGAGGGCAAUGACCAGUCUGAGCUCAGCCAACGUGAGCGGGAAGAUUUGGCAAAGGACAAAGAGGGAAUGGAUCUGGGGAGUUACAAAACAUGGGAGAACAUUUUCAGCAAAGAGCUUCUGGCUUGCCAGGUAACAGGCUCAGCAACCAGCUCAGGAAAAAAGACAGAGGAGGCUUCCAAGAAAACAGCAGCAGCCUCUCGUGCUGCCAGCUCCACAGAGAAGGCAAAGGAAGUAGCUGGUAAUGCAGAAGAGGGAAAGGGUCAAAAGUCUGAACAAGUAACACCGAGUAGAGAGCUGAAUGGACUGGCUCCCUGGCAGGAAGGGGUCCUGGAGAGGCUGAAGAAGGAAGUCGGUGUAGCGGAUUACAACAUGUAUCUGGUACAUCACGGGGGAAUGCUCAUCCGCUUUGGCCAGAUGGCUGCUUGCACUCCCAGAGAAAAAGACUUUGUCUAUGGGAACUUGGAAGCCCAGGAGGUGAAGACUGUCUAUACCUUCAAAGUGCCAGUUAGUUACUGUGGCAAAAGAGCACGACUAGGAGAUGCACUGGGCCACAAGAUGCCAACUUCAGACAAGUCAGUGGAUACCUCAGAACUGGGAAUAAACAUAGAAGAACUACCUAAGACAAAUAUAGUUGAAGCCACACUGCUGUGUGCUCUGGAGAAAGAGCUGAAAGGUCAUGAGAUCUCUGAAGCAAGAGGUAUCGAUGGACUCUUUGUGGAUUUUGCAACACAGACAUACAGCUUUCCUUUGGAGCCCUUCUCCUCCAGUGCAGUUCUAGCAGAUAUUCUGGAUGAAAACAGCCCACCAGAACUGCACAUGGAGCUCUACACUGAAUGUGUAACCAGAAGACACAACAAAAGCAGUUCAGCUUUCACGUUCACUUGCAGUCAUUUCUUUAGGAGGGAUGAGUUCCCAUUCCACUUCAAGAAUGUGCAUGCUGAUAUCCAGUCAUGCCUGGAUGGAUGGUUCCAGCAUCGCUGCCCACUGGCCUACUUGGGGUGUCCUUUUGUCCAAAAUCACUUCCGCCCCGAGGGACUUAAGGCCAAGGUUAUUUACAGCAAACCUCUCAAGACAUUUGCUAUUAAACCAGAAGUGGACACCCUUCUUGCUGAACCAGGCAAUCCCAUAGUGGAUAUUCGAGGGAGAAACAAGGACUUGCUGAGCAGCCUCCCAGUGGAAGUGCUCAAGUACAUUGCAGGAUUCCUGGACAGCUUCAGUUUAUCUCAGCUAUCACAAGUGUCAGUGCUCAUGAGGGACAUCUGUGCCACUCUUCUUCAAGAGAGGGGAAUGGUCCUGCUGGUCUGGGAGAAAAAAAGAUUUUCCCAUGGUGGUACUUCUUGGAGAGGUCGCAAAAAGAUCUGGCAGUUCAGCAGCCUUUUCUCCAGAGUUCACAACUGGCAGCACAGCGAUGUCCCAAGCAUGUCAGAGCACCUGAGGAAUUGUCCCUUCUACCAGGCAGAGCACAGGACAGACCCCGUGCUGCUGAUGGGCAUGAGCGAAUCCCGGGAGCAGACUCGAAAGACUUUGGUCUCUACUUUCAAGCACAGAGUCUGAACAACUUUCUUCCCCUCUGACAUGCUCCCUUCAGGGCUCUGAGAUGAAGAUUUGGGGAUUCAGGUGUAAAGAUUGUUGCUUCCAACUCUCCUUUGGACGUACAAAAUUGGCUUCUCCCCACCUGCGUUUGAAACCUCUGCAUUUUUUUUCCCUGCGUUAAAUUGUUAAAGCUUCAACCACUGCUUACUAACAUCACAUGCUUUCUGUUUUCUGUUCCUGGUUUAAUACAGCAUCCUGAAGAAAGCAAUGAGGAUCUUAUUUGAAAACAGCAUUUUUACAUCCUUGAAGGGUCUGAACUGGAAAAGGGGAUCCAAUUCCAGCAGAGCAUUGAGGUUGCUCUCAGUCCAGCCCCCACACUCUGGAUCUUCAUGACUUUGAUCUUGUUUGUGCUGUCCACAAGUCCUGUGAAGUGCAAGAGCAAUACUCCACACACUCCAGGCUGAUGUGUCUUGCAGUGUUUCCUCUCACUGGAAGAGUGGAAGUGAAAUGAAGGAAUCGUGGAAAUCAGAAAGGUCAGAGCAGGGCAAAAAAACUCAUGACAAGAGAAGACAGGAAAGAGAAAAGGUAAUGGGUUUGGAUAGAGAGACCUGCCUCUUUGUAGGUGGUGUCAGGAGAGGCCAGAGGAGACAGGUGAAAGGGCACAGGAAUGAAAGGAGUUGGGAUGUGCUGCCAAAACCAGAGGUUUUCCAGAUAAAAGCAUUUCCUUCACAAAGAUUCUGGAAAUUCCCAACAGUAACAUGGGGCAGAUGAUAAUUUUUAAGGGGUGAAAGGGCAAGUGACCUACUGACAUGUAUCCUAAGUCUGGGUUGAAGGGCGGAAUUUUUUGAUGGACCUCCAACUCCCAAAACUGAGAGAGCACAGAUAAGGUGAUGUUUAUCUGAACAGUGCCUGUUGUUUUGUGAAACUCUGUAACUCCUUGUUGCAUUCUUAGGAAUAAAAAUUAUUAUGACAUUAAAAAAUCCAUUCAAAUUCAGGUCUUACCUUUUUUUCUUGACUUCAUCACAUAAAUGUAUGUUUUGCCUUCAAAUCAGGUGUGGCAGUUCCUGUACUCUCAUAUUCAUUAUGCUCCUGUCCUCUGCUCUGCUCUUCAUUAUCAUUUUCCUUGUUGAAGACUUUUAUUUAUGUAUGUUUUAUAUUUAUUUAAUUUUAACAAAUAUUUUUAUGUUUGACCUCAUCUUCUUUGCAAGCCACUUUCUCCUUCCUGGUUCAGUUAUUUACUUAAAUGAAAAGCUAUCUCUUCUUUAAAAAAUCCAUUUUCCAGAUUAAUGCUACAUUAUAUGUACAAACAUAUGAAGAAAAGUUUUCUCCUUACCCUUCACUUUGUGGUUGUUCAUCCAGAUAGCUACAGAGGGGCUUUUGCUUCUUUGCUUUGCAGGUUCCAGAUCUCUGUCAGAAAUUCUGAGCAUCUUUCACAUGCAGUUUCCUUACCACUGCAUUCCACACUAAAGAGUCUCAAAUUCCUUGGGGUUUAAUUUCUUUUGAAACAAAACAUGCAUGUGCAGUGCAGGCUUAUUCUUAUUUAUCUUCCCACAGAAUUUAUAUGUAAGGAAAUUAUGAUCACACGUUCCAAAUUUAUUUUUGAUGGCCACCUGCUCUAUGACUUAAUUGCUAUUUACAGCUAACAAAUCUUUUGUAAGUUCAGUGAUGGUUUGGUGACGGAAUUUGUCAUGUCAUGCUGAGAAUCAUAGGCCUGAGGCCCAUUAUGAUGAUGAGAGAUGAUUCACUGGUCCAUAACUCUGAAGCUGUUUUCCCCAUGUCGGCAGAGUCCUUACUGGGGUUUAUCUCUUUUAAUAUUUGCUCUCUCCUUACAUACCCAGGUAUGAACUCAAGCAGUUCAUGGCUGGCACUGAGCUGCACCAGAGAAAAGCCUCUUUUAUCUUUCUGAGUUCCAUCUAAACAACCUGUAACAUCAUACAUGUGAUAUUAAUGAACUGGUUUUAUUUUCCUUUUUACCAGCCCUGAACAGCAGAAUAUUUUACACCAGAGAUGACUGUUAAACUACCAUGUUCCUGGUACUUGCCUGGUGUCUAGUUUACACCCUGUGUUGUUUCCUACCAAUAUCUAGAAGGUGAUUACAAAGAUAAUGGAGCCAAGGUCUUCUCAAUAGUAGCAGCUGAUGUGAUCAAGGGACAGUGGCAACAAGCUGAAACUUGGUAUGUUCAGGCUGAACCUCAGGAAUGAGUUUUUUACCAGAAGGAUAAAAAAGCAGCACUGGAACAGGUCCCCAGAAAGGUGGCAGUAUCUCCACUCUUGGAAGGUUUCCAGAUUUGGUUAGACAAAAUUAUGGUGACCUGAGAGUGAGUCAGAGGUUGGAGCAGAGGCCUCUGGAGUCUCCUCCCAGCAUCACUCCUCUGAUUCCUCAGCAUCACUUGAGAUUCCCUCAGCACACCGGCAUCUGCCGCCCUGGCCUCACCUGCUUCCCAUACUAGAUGGUCCUUUGGCUGCUGCUUUUGUCUGCUGCUGCUUCUCUCAUCACAAUGAGUGUAUUCUCUCCCCUUGAUGUCUAGGCCUCUGCUCACUGAUACCUCCUUAUCUGUCAUCACAUAGUGAUUUAGCAGGUUUUGAUCUCCCUGAGUAGGAAAACAGAUCCACAGCGCUCUCCCAGCAGCUGUAGCACCACUGAAUGGCUCCCUUGAACUCGACGCCUUCAUGGUAAAGCUGUGCUUUGUUGGAAUAUGUGGGUGCCCCUCUGAGAGCAUGGAUAGUGCUGGACAAUAACCAGUAGGGCCAGGGAGCACAGGUGAGUGCAUCUCAGACUGGCAGGGACUCACAGAGUGUGCUGGUAGGUGUGUGUUCUUACCCUGGAGAGGCAGUGGGAGCACCAGGCAGAGCAGCUGGCCACAUCUGACAGCUCAAGGCUCCUAAGCAUAGCUCCUGCAGGAAGAGUUAAUAUUCCUUGUGAGGCUUUUCCAAGCAGGACCGAACUGGUGGGUGAAGAAGGGACUGGGAUGCAAAGGGUAAGGCUGUACCCAGACCUCUGAGCUGUGUCUGGUGGUUAUCAUGGUUUCCUGCAGAUGUGUAUCCAUGAUUUUAGCUGGCCACAGCGAGGUAAGUUCUGUUACUGUGGGGAGAGGAAACAGAGAAGCAGAGAAGCAGCCAACUUCUCCCUGUGUGUUUGAAAGACAGAGAAAAUGCAGUUAAACACCCUCAGAGCUCAUCCAUUUCCUUUCUCGCAGCUUGUUUUAUCCCCACUGACAUUUCUUCCUGCAAAGCCAGGGCUGAAUUGGCAGCUGCUGGUGGCACUACACGCCCACUGGGCUAAAGGGGAGCUGGAGCUGCUCAUGACACUGCAGAGCAACCAUCUUCUUUCCAGCUGAAGAAGGUUUUGCGGGGAAGAAAAAGAAAAAAGAAAAAGAAAAAGAAAGAAAAAGGAAAAGGAAAAGGAAAAGGAAAAGAAAAAGAAAAAGAAAAAGAAAAAGAAAAAGAAAAAGA